AACCGAGCUGAAGUCGAGCAAGCAAAACACACAACCCACAUUCCCCCUUUCAUCAUACGACGAUUAUGUCGACGAAUAACAGCAACAACAACAAUAAUGCAUCGAGCAGCAGGUGGUGCCCGACGCCGGAGCAGCUGAUGAUACUGGAGGAGCUGUACAGGAGCGGGGUGAGGACUCCCAACGCGCCCCAGAUCCAGAGGAUCACCGCCCACCUCUCCCUGUACGGCAAGAUCGAGGGCAAGAACGUCUUCUACUGGUUCCAGAACCACAAGGCAAGGGACCGACAGAAGCUGCGGAGGAAGCUCAUCAAGCAGCUUCAGAUGCAACAGCAGCACAACCAACUAUGUCAUCAUCAUCAUCAUCAGCUUAUUAGUAUGCCACAAUUGCCGGAAAAUCACCAACCUUUUGAUAACGCCCGCCGUCAUCUCCUGCUUAACUACUUUGAAUGCCCUAAUAACCCAUCGAGUACAAUUAGUACUGCCACUCAUCCACAUUUUCAUCAACUCCCAAAUCCUCCUUUGCCUCCUCAUUAUCCACAGGUGGUGGGAGGAUCAGGAGGAGCCGUGGAAGGUGGAGCAUCAUCAAGGGAAAUGGCGUUCACGAUGGCGAAGAAGAACCAGACGUGGAAUAAUGACGAGGAUGAUCACCAUCAACGUCGUGAUUACAUGGAGCAUAUGUUCCCGGCGGCAGAAGUAGGGUUUGGAGGAUGCCAGAUGACGGCGGCGGUAGAGGACAACUCCACCGUGAUGGCCACAAUGUACGGCACCGAUGAUCGUCGCUGGAUUACGCCGGAAGUGGAUGGAGGCAAUGUUGACGAUUAUGAUAUGGAUCGGAGUAACAACCACAAUAAUAAUAAUAAUAAUAAUAAUAAUAAUAAUAAUAAUAAUAAUAAUAAUAAUAAUAAUAAUAAUAAUAAUAAUAAUAAUAAUACCAUCAAGACCCUCCAACUCUUCCCGGUCACUUCCACUAAACUUAUAGAAGACUGCAGCCGCAAUUAGCCAGCAAGCUACCCAAUAAUUUAGAUGAUAUGCG